AUGGAUUCAGAAGUUCUUACCGAAUCCAUCGACAGGCAUCCUUUGGUUUCGUUAGUGUCGGCAAGUUUUUGGGUCAUCUUAUGGCUUUUGUCGUGGGCGAAAUCCCUCGUCGCAUUUGCGACGAUUACUGUUCCUCGACUGCUGUAUGCAGUGCUCUCAUAUUCCAUGACUCUAACUCUCGGUUUCUGGAACUUCGCUGUUUUCUUCGGGGUCUCGGCUGUUGCUCUAAACUAUUGGAUACGCUUUCGUUACCUCAACGACUACACCCAGUUGAAAGAGCCUCCUCUAGUCAAACCAGAUAUCAACGAGCUUCACCCAGAUGUCAAUACGGAUCCACCCUCGUCUUUCCACAACUACCUAGACGAUUUCCUGCAGGCUGUACGAGUUUUCGGUUUCCUUGAAAAACCUGUGUUUCACGAACUCGCUAGACACUUGCAGACGCGGAGGCUCAUUGCGGGGGACAGCCUUUCUUUGAGCCAAGACAAAAGCUUCUAUUGUGUCGUAGAAGGCAUGGUUCAAGUUUAUGCCCAGACCGGUCACUCCCCAGAGGUUCAGCAGAGUUUGUGGGACGAUGAGGAUAUGAAUGGCUAUCAACUUUUGAACGAAGUGGGAAGCGGGGGAACACUAUCAAGUCUCUUCACAAUCCUGAGCCUUUUUACUGAGGAUGUGCAGAUGAGCUGGCAGGACGAGUACCCUGGCGUUUCGGUUGACGAUACUGCAUGCUUUGAAAGCAACCCUUCCCCAUUCAUCCGCAACCGGUCACAUAGAGCGAAUUCUGAUGUUUCGCAGUUCGAUCUGGAAUCGAAGACGAAAACUAGCACUCGCCGAUUUUCGGUGUCGUCGACGGCGUCGACAGUGCAUGCAGACCAUUCCAGGUCAUCUCGAGGUAAUUCCAUGUCUCCUGGGCACCAAGAUGAACCCCCAGUUGAGCAAAUGCGUCCAUUUAUACCCUCUGGCCCCUCUCGCCCGACUCCUGCUCAUAGAGGGGUGGUCGCCCGGGCAACAGUGGAUACGACUCUUGCUGUGAUCCCUGCAGAAGCUUUCCGCAGGCUGACAAAAAAGUUCCCCAAAGCCACUGGCCAUAUCGUGCAAGUCAUCCUGACACGAUUCUCUCGAGUUACUUUCAACGCCGCUCACAAGUACCUGGGUCUGACAAGCGAGGUCCUUCGAACGGAGAAGGCUAUUAAUGAUAUUGCCUGCCACCCUCUUCCGGCUUCGUUUUAUGAAGGAGGGGGCCUCCAAUACCUUCGCAACCGUUUCGAUGCUUCCACUUCGAGUACUACAGAAACCGAUAGCGACUAUUUCAGUUACACCCAGUCACCAUCGCAGACGACAUCUGAAUUGCCUAAACUGAAGAAACCAUCAACUGCAGCGGGGGACGAUACUCUUCAAACUCGUAAAAUUUCCAACGGUCAAUCUCCACCGAUGCGAGCCUCGCGUACUAUGGUGCAACCUGGUGAUCUUUUAAUGCCGAAAAGCAGCAUUCAUGACAGCUUUCGAACGCCCUUAAGAACAUUCAGCACCCUUAAUACACCAGGGCUCCCAAGAGGAUCUGAUGAUGCAGAUCUUGGCCGCAAAAUGAACCAGGGAUCACGGUCGUCGCACUGGUCAGUAGAAGACUUUGAUCUUCGAGAGGAGGUCAUGUCAUGCAUCGCGAAGUCUAUUGGGCUUCUCCAACCUCCUCUCAGCGGCAGUGAUUCUGUUGAAGCGUCCCCUGCUUUUCCUGCUACAGAACAUCGUCGUCCCUCGGGUGGUUUUAGCUCUCCCUUUGGUUCCCUUUCCCUCCUUGAUCUGGGUGAUGACGUAUCAAGCGCAACAGGAGGAUCCUCAUCGAUAUUACCUUCAGGAAAUCAUCUUAGUGGACUCGAUAAUGAGGUUGAGAUUCUCUUUUUUGCGGCGGGUUCGACUUUAGCAAAGGUCGGAGAGUUGAAUACGGGGCUCUUCUACGUUAUCGAAGGCUUUCUCGAUAUUCUCCUGCCAUCAGACGAGGGACAUAAGGAUGGAGCCGCUGCUCCUACUCGCCCCGAUGCAAUGCCAGACUCAGUCGAUUCCGAACCUUGGAGGACUCCGGGUGGUAGGAGCUCGAAACCCGAAAAAAAGCUGCUAUUCACAGUCAAACCUGGAGGGAUUGCCGGAUAUCUUGCGUCGCUUUGCAACACAGCAUCAUACGUCGACAUCCAGGCGAAGACGGACACUUACGUUGGCUUUUUACCCCUCCUUGCGUUGGAAAGAAUACUCGAGAAGCGUCCAAUCGUUCUGCUCACCCUGGCAAAGCGUCUCAUCUCAAUGCUUUCUCCUCUAGUCCUUCACAUUGAUGCUUCUUUGGACUGGAUGCAAGUUAACGCUGGUCAAGUACUCUGGCGGCCACAUGACGUCAGCGACAGCUUCUACAUCGUCAUUAACGGACGUUUGAGAGCCAUAUCAGAAUCUGAAAAGGGUGGGGUGACCAUUGAAGGAGAGUUUGGUCAAGGUGAUACAGUCGGGGAACUUGACGUUAUUACCAGUUCACCCAGAAGGAACACCGUUCAUGCUAUCCGCGACACUGAGCUCAUUCGGAUGCCUCAAACCCUCUUCAACGCAAUUUCGGCACGCAACCCACAAACUACUGCACAACUGCUCCGAAUGAUUGCUUCGCGGGUGCGCGAUGAAGUAGACUCAACAUCUUUAGCCCAAGGGAGGACAUCAACGGCAGAACUCGGCCAUAACAACACAAAUUUGAAGACAGUCGCCGUUCUUCCGGUGUCUCGCAACGUUCCUGUUGAUGCCUUCGCCCGCAAGUUGCAGAGUGCACUCGAAGGGAUAGGAGCUUCAACAUCAUACCUUAACCAAGCGAUUAUUUCUCAUCAUCUCGGGCGCCAUGCGUUUACUCGGAUGGGGAAGCUCAAGUCUGCGGGUUGGCUGGCCGAUCAAGAGCAACGGUUUCACACCGUUUUGUAUGUCGCAGAUUCGCCAGUUAAUAGUUCCUGGACCCAGACUUGCAUCAGACAGGCUGAUUGUGUUAUGGUGGUUGGUAUGGGGGAUGAUCCAAGCAUUGGAGAAUAUGAACGUCUGCUCUUAUCUAUGAAGACAACAGCCCGUAAGGAGCUUGUCCUGUUACAUCCUGAUCGCUCCGUGGUUCCUGGUUCAACCCGCGAGUGGCUCAAGAAUCGGCCGUGGGUUCAUCAGCAUAUACAUGUCGAAAUGGAGGGCUUGGUGUUGCCACCGAAAUCUACUGUUCAUAAGGAUCCGGACGCAGUUACGGCGCUGAAAAACUUAAAAGAUAAAGUUCAAAGCGAAAUUCAGAAGUACCGUGGAGGGACAACAGACCUUCGACCUCCACGCCUACCACACACGAACGAUUUCUCCCGUUUGGCAAGGAGGAUAUGCGGAAGAUCGAUUGGCCUUGUCUUGGGAGGGGGCGGAGCUAGGGGGAUCGCACAUAUCGGUCUUAUUCGUGCUCUUGAAGAGUUUGAAAUCCCGAUAGAUCACAUUGCUGGCACAAGCAUUGGCGCCUUCAUCGGUGGUCUGUACGCGCGCGAGGGAGACUUGCUCAGGACAGUAGGUCGAGCCAAGCAGUUCAGCGGAAGAAUGGGUAAUAUCUGGAGAAUUCUCUCUGAUGUAACCUAUCCAAUCGUUGCUUACACAACGGCGAGUGCAGAAAUUUUUGAAAUAACGGGACAUGAAUUCAAUCGAUCUUUGUACAAAGCAUUCUACGACUUACAUAUCGAAGAUAUGUGGCUACCUUACUUCUGCAAUACGACCAACAUCAUGACAUCUCGGAUGGAAAUUCAUGAAACAGGAUAUGCAUGGAGGUUCAUCCGUGCCUCUAUGACAUUAGUGGGACUUUUGCCGCCACUGUGCGACAAUGGCAGUCUGUUGGUUGAUGGUGGAUACAUUGAUAAUCUGCCAGUGGCAGCUAUGUUCUCCAUGGGUGCUAGCGCGGUGUUUGCUUCUGACGUGGGCUCGCUCGAUGAUAACUCUCCGAGAAAUUUUGGAGAUACAGUUUCUGGCUGGUGGCUUCUCAUCAAUCGCUGGAACCCCUUCUCUAAUGCCCGUCACGUGCCGCCAAUUACUGAAAUACAAAGUCGCCUGGCGUAUGUUUCCAGUGUCAAAACUCUUGAAGAGGCGAAGGUAGCCAAGAAUUGCCUCUAUAUUCAGAUGCCAGUCCACGAGUAUGGAACUUUACAGUUCGGGAAAUUUGAAGAGAUCCAAAAACAGGGCUACAUCGCUUCAAUGGACAUUCUUGAGAAGUUCGACAAGGAAGGAAGACUUCCCUCAGCAUUCAUGAAUGGGAUAGGAGGAAUAAACCCUGGAGGAAAGAAGAAAGGGAGGAGUGUCCGGCGUAAUUCAAUUUAG